UGCAAAAUUUCAAACCCCUGCUACUACUGCGAUUGGUGACAUCAACCACUGCGAGAGGUGGGGCGUGCUACGGCACCUGCCUCGCUCGGUCAAAGUUAACGGCCUUGAAGCAUCAUUCACGGGGUGAGAACAUCUAAAUAGCUAGGAGUUGUCGAGAUCGCUUCUCAACACACCUCUCGGCGGAGAGAGCGCGCCGCGGGCAGCAAGGAGGUUUUGGAGAGGAGACAGAGGAGGAAAUUGAAGCUACAGCACCAUGGUCCUUGACGCUGGAGUUGUGGUGGGGACAUGCGCCCUUGUGGUGCUUGUGUGGAACCUCGGACGUAUGAAUAACGUCAUGAAGGAGUUGGAAAACAAGUGCUGUGAAGAAGAACACACCCCUGACACCCUAGAUCUUGAAGCUAACGGGGGCGGGGAGCUUGUUCUCGUGAAAGACGAAGAAGAUGAUGGGCAAACGACAGAAGAAUCGGGAGAACGCUCGCCGACACCAACCAGACAGGACGUGGCGAUGCUCAAGGCAGCCAUGCGCCGCGAGCACUUCCAGCACAUGGUGCCAGGCACCCUGACCCCUGACCCGUGGCGAAGCAUCUUCUACGGACGAGGCCGCCCGACAGACGUCGGGCCUUGCAGAAGUCUCUCCAGCAGCGGUCACAGUUUGGCCGGGUAGGAUUAAGUCGUUGACGAGGUGAUGGUGUGGGUAGUUCUGACGGAAACGUAUGCCGCAACGGCAAGAUUGAAGAGUGGGGAAGGACACGCUGAUUGGACGACGAGAGAGAGAGGGUGGGGUGAAAUGUGGGGAUGGUUCUUUGGCUCAUGCGUCAAGCGAGGUACCAUCAUCAUCGUGGUGUGCGGUUUUCACCACGGCAUGUGAGAAUCUGUGUGCAUAAGUUGUAAAGGGUUCAAGUUGAAGCAACAGCGGACGAGGGCUUGUACUAUAGCUGUAGCAAUACUUGUCGGAGACUUGUGAUCUAUCAAGCGUUUGUCUGUACCAACACUCUCGGCGGAACUCCUACUGAUACCGAUACUACUGCAUCGUAAUAUAGUGAACUUGUGGUACGAGGCGCUCAAGUCUGUCUCCCUUGGGAGGGCUCGCGUGAGAAAAUUUUUGAAAAGUUUAUUAUCUAUCUCGCGGGACGCUUUCGGUUCCGUAUUUCGUAUUCCGUCGAAUCUUCGACCCCUAAAUGCGUCAGGCGGUUUAGCUGCGCAAAGGGGGCCUGUCGGCAAGAAACGGCCAUCGUGAUAUGUAAGGUACUGAUGUGAAUAUAUUUCUGUUAUUGUUGAUAUUGUUCUGUGCUCAAGCGUCGUCGCCUCCAGAGUAGACCAGAGGGCGGCUGGUUCAUGCCGAGGAGGGAUGUCCCCUCCAGUGACAGGUUCAGUGUGUUUGGCUACAUGUGGGAUGGCCCAGCCCGUUUUUUUGGUUUUAACGUCGCGGCAGAGUUGUAGGUAGCGUGGAUGUGAGUGUAGCAGUCUUAUAUUGCUUCUAAUGUGUACAUUUUUGUAUAUAUAUUUACGGUAGUCACCGGACUCUACCGCACAAAGUAAAAGUCGGCGUGCGCCAAAGAGACUGAAUUGUUCAUUAGGGACAAGAGGGACAGCUGCUCAGCAACGUGCCCGGCGGAUAUCUGUUGGCCGGUCGUGACAUUCAGAAGAAGCAAGUGUUUCUUUCAUAUUAGCAACUUUUCGGGAGCUUUGCAGGCACAUAGCUUACCUCCGGGUGGGCUCUUCGCCUGACACGUGUCAACUGCACACAUGCCUUCGGCCGAGUCCACCCUUUGCGGUUGUUUGUCUGUGGCGAUAUGCACGAACCUUCCCGCUACGACAAACGUUCGUGCGUGUGGAAAUCGGCGCGGAGAAAUCGAAUGUCGCAUUCUACGUUCUGUCAAC